AAACGCCUCGAUCUCAUUUCAACCGCCCGAUCUAACUACAGUCGGAAAGGCCAUUCCUUUCGCCAUUACUAUAAAUAACACUCCACCACAGCCCUUGCCCGUUUGUCAGUUACGACUCACUAGAAUCAUCUGUGAGCAAACGCAAAGGAAAUCUCCCUGGAUUCCCAAACAAUGGCCUCUGAAAUGGAGACCGACAGAGAAAAUCAGCACCUGAAGCACCUAGGGUUCGUGAGGAUGGCGGCGAUUCACACGUUGAUGUGUGCGUCGAACCUGUACGACUACGCGAAGGAGAACUCGGGGACUUUACGAUCCACCGUCGGGAGCGUAGAGGGUGCCGUGACCACCGUUGUCGGCCCGGUGUACGAAAAGCUCAAGGGCGUGCCUGAUGAUCUCCUUGUUUUCCUCGAUAAGAAGGUAGAUGAAGCUUCGCACAAGUUUGAUGAGCAUGCACCACCAUUUGCGAAGCAGGUUGUGAGCAAAGCUCACAGUUUGAUUCAGAAGGCAUCCCAAAAGGCUCAGAAGCUGGUAAAUGUGGUUCAACAUGGGGGUCCUCGUGCUGCUGUGCAUUAUGUUGCUACAGAGUAUAAGCAGUUCAUUCUGUCCCAAAGUGUAAAGAUGUGGGUUGCACUGAACCGGUGUCCACCUUUCCAUACGGUGGCAGAUAAAGCUGUGCCUGCAGCUGGUCAAUUGACGGAUAAGUACAAUAACGUGGUGAAGGACAUGACCCAGAAAGGUUAUCCGCUCUUCGGCUAUUUGCCUUUAGUUCCUGUUGAGGACAUAUCCAAGGCAUUUGAGCAGGGUGAUGCUGAUAAAGGAGAUGCAACAGUACCUUCUGAGCAUAAAUCUGAUUCUUCUGAUUCAGAUUAGAAUGGUUUCGGUUUGGUUUAAAUCUGCUCGCAUAUCUAAGUAGCCUGUUCUGUGUGAAAAUGGGGAAUGGGUGUGGGAAAUGUAGCUAGGCUUUGACUGUGAAUAACUUAGAUAUCUAAACUCUUUUCCAAGUAUGAAUAAACGUGAAUGGUUUUGGGUGUA